AUGGAAACACCUUACUAUCCUCAGAUGAGUGGGCAAGUGGAAGUCUCCAAUAGAGAAAUAAAGUCCAUAUUAGCUAAGAUUAUGAAUGCUAACAGGACUGAUUGGCUUAGAAUGUUAGAUGAUGAAUUAUGGGCCUAUCAAACAACCUAUAAAACCCCUAUAGGUGCCUCUUCAUGUCAGCUUGUGUAUGGAAAAAUAUGCCACUUGCUGGUUGAGAUUAAUCAGAAGGCACUAUGGGCGUUGAAAAGGCUAAAUUUUGGGUGGCGUGAUGCAUUGAGCAAGGUGAAUGGGUUGGAUAAAUUUAAACUCUGUGCUUAUGAGAGCUCAUCCAUAUACAAACAAAGAAUGAAGAUGUACCAUGAAAAGAAGAUUGAUAAGGUGAAUGGGUUGGAUGAAUUUAAACUCUGUGCUUAUGAGAGCUCAGCUAUAUACAAACAAAGAAUGAAGGUGAAUGGUCAUGUUUUUGACUAA